CUUGCGGCUCUUUGCAGAAGGGCACGAAGAGACCGAAACAAGGGUGCCCCGGUGUAGCAAGAACUCGGCACUUCAUUCUUCAAACAUGCUGUCCAGACUCGUUAUUGUGUCAGCUGCUGGCCUGAAAAGCUGCAGCCCCCUUGGAGCUGGCCUGGUCCAGGCGUCUCGCUCCCUGCACACAUCGUCCCAGAGUCUGGCCCCGGUGCCCGCUCUGCCAGAGAAGGGAGGCAAAGUUCGCCAUGGCAUCUUCCCCGACGAGAUUUUCCAGCUCCUAUACCCCAAAACUGGAGUCACAGGGCCUUACAUGCUGGGCACUGGCCUCCUCCUCUACAUGCUUUCCAAGGAAAUCUACGUCAUCAACCAUGAGACCUUUGCUGCUGCUUCCAUCGGUGCUGUCAUCAUCUAUGGUGUCAAGAAAUUUGGCCCAAGUGUUGCAGCUUUUGCUGACAAACUGAACGAGGACAAAGUGUCUAAGGCUCAAGAGGUGAAGGACGUGGCCAUGGCCAGUCUGACUCAGGCUAUUGAGGAUGAGAAGAAGGAACAAUGGAGAGCAGAGGGAAGAUCAAUGCUCUUCGACGCCAAGAGGAACAAUGUGGCCAUGCUGUUGGAGACCAACUUCAGAGAGAGGCUACACAUGGUGACCAACGAGGUGAAGAGGCGCUUGGACUACCAGGUCGCGCUGCAGAAUCUCCACAUCCGGAUGGAGCAGGAGCACAUGAUCAACUGGGUGGAGAAGAGUGUCAUCGGCAGCAUCACUCCUCAGCAGGAGAAAGAGAGCAUCGCCAAGUGCAUCACAGACCUGAAUGCUCUGGCCAAGGCCACUCAGGCAACAGCUGUGGCCUAAACUGUCAAGUCUUCAAAGAAGACUUCUCUAAUCCCCGACUCAUGGUCCCAGGACGAGACGUUCACUUUUCUUCAAGGAAUAAAUAUUUGUCUCCGUCAAUAUGUUAUGGGUGUGUACAGUAUUUACACGUCAGCUGAUGGUAAAAUAAAUGGUUCUCUUAUUCAACUUCA